UUCCCUUACCGAUCUACAACCACACCGAUAUUGACUUUCUAUUCCGUUAUCAUACUCAUCUGGAAAUCCCUUUACAGAUACAUAAUUUUACUGUAACUACCUAGCUAAAUAAUCGGGAAAGAUUAUCCUAACAAAUUGAUAAACCACUCAGAAGCCCAUUGAGCCCUGCUGGAGCAUCACCCCGGGGACCCUGGGAAUCUGUGGCGCUGCCAGUUGAUCCACUGCGUUUGAGGAUAGUGGGAGGACCGGACAGACGGAGCAGGAUCAGGAGAUUUAGUCGCUCAGACAGUCUGACAGUUUUCUGCUGUGUGAUUUAGUUAAAGGGACCAACCAGCACCCCAGGAUAUGCCCCCGUUGGGUCACUAAGCCGGACUGAUGUGGUGUGCGAGCCAUGGUGACUCUGUCCCACAAGAAGCCUUUCAGUGAGGAAGACUGCGAAGAGGACAGACAAUAGACCAGAGGAACGACGUGAAGACAGGAGGACGAACAGCAGCAGACGAGCCACUCCAGAAUGCCUGUAGAGACCCUCCGGCCCUCAGACGGGCGUCUGGCGGGGGUCCCCUUCACCUCAGCCAUGCCUUUCCGUAUCCUCAACAAGGGACCCGACUACUUCCGGCGGCCCGCGGAGCCUGGAGCCCGUAAGCUGAGCGCGGUGGAGCGUCUGGAGGCGGACAAGGCCAAGUAUGUGAAGAGCCAGCAGGUGGUGCUCACCAGGCAGGAGCCUGUCAAACCACCCAUCAUCCGCAAGCCUCUGCUGUCCCCAGGCAUGAUGCUGCAGUGUCGGAUCAACGCCCCACCGGCACGCAAGGCGCCUCGGCGGCCUGCCGACUCAGAGAACGGAGGAGGGAUAGGGUGGCGGAGGGGACCACCUCUUAACCUGGAGAUCCUCAACAACCUCAUCAACAAUGUGUGUGAUGGACCCCUUCUCUGCUCCCCAUCUUCCGUCCCCUCCUCGCCCUACACCUCCUCUCCUUCAUCUGGGGGGAACAGCAUGGAGAAUGGUCUCUCAGCUGACCGGGAGAGGAGCAAUCGAGUCCUGAGCAACCUUAAACCUGUUAAUAACUGCAACACCUCCUCCUCCACCACCUCCUCCUCUUCUUCCACCUCCUCUCCCCUCAACAACAACAACAGCCAGACCUGCCCUGCCGAGCCCAGCCACCGGCCUCCCCCUGUCCCAGCACGGGGCAUCAGGGUGGGGGUGCCAGCGCCCUACAGCUCUCCUAACUCGGUGACGGUGCGCAGGGUGGAUGUGAAGCCCCAGGCUGAGCCGAGGAAGCCCCAGAGGACCCAGUUUCAGCCUCAGAUCAAGCCCAGACAAACUUCCCAGCCCCAGGUGGCUCAGCUCCAGGCCCCAUCACCACCACCCUCACAGCAGGCCAAGCCCCAGCCUCUCACCCCCACCCAGGCUUUGCCCUCUCCCCCAACCUGCCUGCCUCCCAGCCCCAUGCUGAUCCGGGCCGGCAUGAUGCCCCCAGCCUCCCCUGCUUUCACCCGCCUGUCCUCAGCCAGCUCCAGGGGGUCUCGGCCCGGCUCGGCCCGGAAACACCCCUCCCUACACCGCUCCAAGUCUGACUUGAGCGACCGGUACUCACGAGCCACAGCCGACCUGGAGCGCUUCUUCAACUACUGUGGGCUGCACCCAGAGGAGGUAGAGGGCAUGGGGGGAGUGGAGCGCUUCGCCAGGGCCAGCUCAGACAUUGUGUCUGUGUCCAAGCUGCGCAGCGCCAGCACCCCCAGCUCUGAGUGUGAGCAGGCGCGGGAACAAGAGGAGGUGGAGGGCGAGGAGGGUCCUGCCCGCCCCGGGGAGCGUGUCCCCUACGGAAUCUCAAUCAUCGAGAGGAACGCUCGUGUCAUCAAGUGGCUGUACGGGAUCCGGCAGGCGCGGGACGCUGUGUCCAACGUUUAGAGGAAAGAGACAGGAGGGGGAGGCUCUGGAAUGAUACCCAGGCCUAGAGGAAAGAGACACGAGAGGGAGACUCUGGAAUGAUACCCAGGCCUAGAGGAAAGAGACACGAGGGGGAGGCUCUGGAAUGAUACCCAGGCCUAGAGGAAAGAGACACGAGGGGGAGGCUCUGGAAUGAUACCCAGGCCUAGAGGAAAGAGACACGAGAGGGAGGCUCUGGAAUGAUACCCAGGCCUAGAGGAAAGAGACACGAGGGGGAGGCUCUGGAAUGAUACCCAGGCCUAGAGGAAAGAGACACGAGGGGGAGGCUCUGGAAUGAUACCCAGGCCUAGAGGAAAGAGACACGAGGGGGAGGCUCUGGAAUGAUACCCAGGCCUAGAGGAAAGAGACACGAGGGGGAGGCUCUGGAAUGAUACCCAGGCCUAGAGGAAAGAGACACGAGGGGGAGGCUCUGGAAUGAUACCCAGGACUAACACAGGUUGUUUUUUAUUUAUUGAUAAAUCCCACAGACCAUUGAGGGGUACAUAUUUUCCAGGAGGACAUUGUUAUUCUGUAUUGUGUUGCCUUACGGCAUGUAUAAUAUAAUUUCUUAGAAGAGAUGAAGGACCAGAAAUCACACUCCUCUCUAAACAAAUAUUCAAAGCAAUAAUGGCAGUGGUAGAAAUUACUGAAUGCUGAGGAUGAUGGUGAUGUUGACCAGAUGCUGUGGUUCCUACUGUCACUGUCUGUCUGAAAUACAGGUACUUCGGAGGCUGUGUUUAGAGUCCAGGGCCCCGUUCUCUCUGCACAGGGGUCCAGGGCCCUGUUCUCUCUGCACAGGGGUCCAGGGCCCUGUUCUGUCUGCACAGGGGUCCAGGCCCCGUUCUGUCUGCACAGGGGUCCAGGGCCCUGUUCUCUCUGCACAGGGGUCCAGGGCCCUGUUCUCUCUGCACAGGGGUCCAGGGCCCUGUUCUCUCUGCACAGGGGUCCAGGGCCCUGUUCUCUCUGCACAGGGGUCCAGGCCCUGUUCUGUCUGCACAGGGGUCCAGGGCCCUGUUCUGUCUGCACAGGGGUCCAGACCCUGUUCUGAAUUUACAGAAUCUAAUGAUGCAAGAAAAGGCUCUGGGUGUUUCACAGCUCUCACACAUUCAGGUGUGUGUGUGUGUGUGUGUGUGUGUGUGUGUGUGAGGGGGGGACUUCAUUGAUACUGUGAAACAUGAAAUCUUCUGUAAAAGAACCUGUUUUUCUUUCUUGUAACCUCGUCUGUAAAACUGUUCAUUAAUACCGUUGCUGUCAAGCACACAAGUCAAAGUUAAUGUGUGUCCUCAUCUCAACAAAGCACGAUCACCUAUACUCACGACUCACCGGUGAAACAGACGUGUUCAGGCCAGUGAUAGAGUAUCGUCUAUAGCUGUGUACUGUGUCGGCGUUUUCUGCACCGCAGUUGAACACGGUCUCUAAUCAAACAUGGCUGCAUUGGUUCAGUUAGUCUCCGUUUAUUCAGUGAACAGGGUAUAUGUCUGGGCACGGAUGACAAAGAUAGUCUUGUGAUGAGUGGAGGGUUGAGGUAAGUGUAGGUUGGAUGGGUAGGUUGCUGUCUGGGGUUGGAGGAGAGACACGCGGCUCAAUGGAAGAGGGAUCAGGACGGUCUAGUGAGACAGGUUGAUACAGGAAAGAGUGUGAGACAGGUUGAAACAGGAAAGAGUGUGAGACAGGUUGAUACAGGAAAGAGUGUGAGAUGGAUUGAUACAGGAAAGAGUGUGAGACAGGUUGAUACAGGAAAGAGUGUGAGACGGGUUGAUACAGGAAAGAGUGUGAGACAGAUUGAUACAGGAAAGAGUGUGAGACGGAUUGAUACAGGAAAGAGUGUGAGACAGAUUGAUACAGGAAAGAGUGUGAGACGGAUUGACACAGGAAAAAGUGUGAGACAGGUUGAAACAGGAAAAGUGGAUUAUCUCAAAAGGAAACUGCGUGUACACGACAUAGUCUACUGAAAUGGACCAAUAUUUAUUUUUACAAUGUCUUUUGAAGUUACAAACUAUUGUAAUAUUCAACAACCAGUGCAUAGUGUUAAAAAUGUGUACAAAAGUACAAUCUGAUCGUAUCUAUGUGAACAUGCACACACACACACACACACACACACACACACACACCUAGGCACCAGCCACACAACAUGAGUGUGAAUGUUGUGUGUAACUGAAUGCUGAAGUACGUGUGAUGAUAGUGUAAUAUGCACUCUGCUCUGUGGGAAAGAAAAGGAGGGAAGACUAUUUAUUCGACUUCCUGUUCCUCUCAGGGGAGACAGACGGAGGGCUCAGCCACGGUCUGGUCUGGUGUUAUGAUGAUGUGGGUCUGGGCCUGAGCUCCAUGGUCUGGUCUGGUGUUAUGAUGUGGGUCUGGGCCUGAGCUCCAUGGUCUGUGAUGAUGUACUGUUGAGUUCAACACUGUCUGGCUGCCUAAAGAAAAGUCAAGCUAUCCUUAUGCUGCCUUUCUUAACAUGUCAAUAAAGAAUAAUGUUUUUUUUUAAGUA